UAUUAUUGUUGUUGUUAUUAUUAUUAUUAUUAUUAUUAUGAUUAUUAUUAAGAAAUGGUUGCAAAGCUCAAAAACCAGUUUUUUUGAAUCAAGAUGCCUGCAAUGGCUUCCUGGCGCCACCAGAGGGCACUUCCGGUUUUGAAGGCACUUCCGGUUUCCGAACCGGAAGGAACCUUCCGCCACUUCCGCUUCCUCUUCUCGUUGGUAGGCCAUUGUUGGAGCUUGGAGGAUGGUAAGGAAUCCGUUAUUAAGAAAACUAUUAUUAUUAUUAACAUGAUUAAAGCCCUAGUAUUAUUGUGAUUAAAACUCUUAUAAUUAUUAUGAUUAAAACUAGUAGUAUUAUUAAAACUCUAGUAUUAUCAUCAUCAAAACUCUGUAUUAUUAUCAUUAAAAGUAUUAUAAUUAUUAUUAAAACUAGUUUUAUUAUUAUUAUUAUUAUUAUUAUUAUUAUCCUCAAAACUCUGUAUUAUUAUUAUUAAAACUAUUAUUAUUAUUAUAACUAUUAUAAUUUUUAUUAUUUUUAAAAAUAUUUUUUAUUAUCAAAACUGGUAUUAUAAUUAUCAAAACUCAUUAUUAUUAUUAUUAUUAAAACUAGUUUUAUUAUUAUCAUCAUCAUCAAAACUCUAUUAUUGUUAUUAUUAAAACUACUACAAUUUUUAUUAUUGUUAAAACUAGUAUUAUUAUUAUUAUCCUCAAAACUCUGUAUUAUUAUUAUUAAAACUAUUAUUAUUAUUAUUAUUAUUAUUAUUAUUACUAAUUAAUAAUUCUUAUUAUUUUUAAAACUAUUUUUUAUUAUCAAAACUAGUAUUAUAGUUAUUAAAACUCAUUAUUAUUAUUAUUAAAACUAGUAUUAUUAAUAUUAAAACUCAUUAUUAUUAUUAAAACUAGUAUGAUUAUUAUUAUUAAAACUCAUUAUUAUUAUUAUUAUUAAAACUAGUAUUAAAACUAUUAUUAAAACUAGUAUUAUUAAUAUUAAAGCUCAUUAUUAUUAUUAUUAUUAAAACUAGUAUUAUUAAAACUCUAUUAUUAAAACUAGUAUUAUUAAUAUUAAAACGCAUUAUUAUUAUUAUUAAAACUCAUUAUUAUUAUUAAAACUAGUAUUAUUAUUAGUAUUAAAACUCUAUUAUUAAAACUAGUAUUAUUAAUAUUAAAACUCAUUAUUAUUAUUAUUAAAACUAUUUUUUUAUUAUUGUUAAAACUCUAUUAUUAUUAUUAUUAUUAUUAUUAUUAUUAAAACUAUUAUUAUUAAAACUUUAUUAUUAUUAUUAUUAUUAUUAUUCUCUCUUUUCUCCCCAACCUGCCAGUCUUCCCACAAGACCUUCCAGAUCAAGCGAUUUCUGGCCAAAAAAGAGAAGCAGAACCGGCCGAUCCCGCAAUGGAUCCGCAUGAAAACUGGAAAUAAAAUCAGGUCCGCCUGGCUAUUAAUGGGAUUAAUAGGAGAAUGGGAAGAUUAAUUGGAUGAAUUAAUGGAAGAGGAAGAGGGAUUAAUUAUCCCCCCGAAAUGGAUUUUCGAAUUUUGAAUCCAUUGUUGGUUUUAGGCUGUUUUUUUGGUUGCAUUAAUUCAGUGUUUUAAAUCUGAAAUGAAAUAGAAAUGAAAUGAUGAUUUUGAUGUUAUUUUAUUAUUUAAUUGUUAUUAUUAUCAUUACUUAUUAUAUUUAUUAUUAUUAUUUUAUUGUAUUUUAUUUUUGUUAUUACUAAUUUAAUUCCUUAUUUUAUUUUAUAUUUUAUAUUUUAUAUUUUAUAUUUUUAUUUAUAUUUUUAUUUUUAUUUUUAUUAUUACUUAUUAUAUUUAUUAUUAUUAUUUUAUUGUAUUUUAUUUUUAUUAUUACUAAUUUAAUUCCUUUUUUAUUUUAUUAUUUUAUUUUUAUUUUUAUUACUUAUUAUAUUUAUUAUUAUUAUUUUAUUGUAUUUUAUUUUUGUUAUUACUAAUUUAAUUCCAUUUUAUUUUAUUUUUUAUUUUUAUUUUUAUUAUUGCUUAUUAUAUUUAUUAUUAUUAUUUUAUUAUAUUUUAUUUUUAUUAUUACUAAUUUAAUUCCUUUUUUAUUUUAUAUUUAUAUUUAUAUUUUUAUUACUUAUUAUAUUUAUUAUUAUUAUUUUAUUAUAUUUUAUUUUUAUUAUUACUAAUUUAAUUUCUUUUUUAUUUUAUGUUUUAUUUUUAUUUUAUUAUUAUUAUUAUUUUAUAUUUUAUUUUUAUUAUUACUAAUUUAAUUCAUUUUUUAUUUUAUUUUUUUAUUUUUAUUUUUAUUUUUAUUUUUAUAAUUAUUAUUAUUAUUAUUAUUAUUAUUAUUUUCCUUCCAGGUACAACUCCAAAAGGAGACACUGGAGGAGGACCAAGCUGGGCCUGUAAAGAGAAGCAGCUCCAAGAUUAUCUUGUAGAAAUAUUUGUUAAUUACCAAGAUUAACGAGUUCAAAACCGAACUUUGGAAUGCAUCUUUGUUUAUUAACAAUUAUUAUUAUGAUGGUCUAA